GGGCUCAGGGCUGGGCCAGGAGCGAUGAGCCCUGUAGGACAUCCUGGAGGAGCCGGAGAGGAGCAGGAAGGUGACUGGGUGGCUCACCCAGUCGGGCCCCUGUCUGCCAGCCUCUUCCUAAGGUGCUGGGCUGUCCACACCCUCCCCAAACCUUGGCGCCAGCCACAUUGAGCUGUGGUGACAGCGCCUGAAGACCGGGUCGUUUCCCAAAUCUUAGAGUCAAAGAAGAUCGUACAAGGCUGGGAAGGACCUUUGCCACUCUCCCGUGUAAACACCUCGUUGUUCAGAGGAAGCAACUGAGGCCCAGAGAGCUGGAUCCAGGCCUGGAACCCAGGGCACUGUGGCACCUCCUGCCCUGAGCUGCAGGAGACGGAGGGGGCCACUUCUUCCUCCAGGCAGAACGUAGCUGCAUCCAGCCCACAAAGCUGGGGUUCCCCGCUGUGUGUGGAAGAGAUGGAACAUGGACUUCACAGAACCGGCGACAUAAUCCGUGGGGCCCAGCACAAAAUGAAAAUGCUGAGCCCUUUGUUCAAACAUUACUAAGAAUUUCAAGAUGGCAGCAGCAGAGCAUUAAAUGGCAUGGGGCGCCCUGCAUCUACAGAGGCUGAAAACCGUGGCGUUGGCCCUGCCACGGUGGCAAAAGCGAUACUUAAACUCAACACUCGUCGCUGGUCCUGAAAAAUCAAGUUGUUCGUUCCUCUGCCUUCAUGCCAGCUCCGGGGCACCUGCCUUCCAUAGGACCAUGAGCUGGGACCCCCCCAGGAGAUGCCUUCUGAUGCUACUGAUGGCUUUCAACCUGACCCAGGGUGACCCUGUGAAGCCCUCUCGGGGUUCGCUGUUGACCUGCACGUGUAAGGGCCCACGAUGCAGGGCGCCUACCUGCCAGGGGACCUGGUGCACUGUAGUGCUGGUGCGGGAGGAGGGCAGGCACCCCCAGGAACAUCGGGGCUGUGGGAACUUGCACCCAGAGCUCUGCUGGGCACGCCCCACUGAUGUCGUCAACCACUACUGCUGCUACAGCUCCCUCUGCAACCACAACGUGUCCCUGGAGCUGGAGGCCUACCCAACCCCGGAGCAGCCGCAAGGAGACAGCCAGCUGCCUCUGAUCCUGGGCCCUGUGCUGGCCUUGCUGGCCCUGGUGAUCCUAGGUGCCCUGGGCCUGUGGCAUGUCCGGCGGAGGCAGGAGAAACAUCAGGGCCUGCACAGCGAGCUGGGCGAAUCCAGACUCAUCCUGAAGGCAUCCGAGCAGGGGGACAGCAUGUUGGGGGACUUCCUGGACAGUGACUGCACAACGGGCAGUGGCUCGGGGCUCCCCUUCCUGGUGCAGAGGACGGUGGCACGGCAGGUUGCCCUGGUGGAGUGUGUGGGAAAGGGCCGCUAUGGCGAGGUGUGGCGAGGCCUGUGGCAUGGUGAGAGUGUGGCGGUCAAGAUAUUCUCCUCGAGGGAUGAACAGUCCUGGUUCCGGGAGACUGAGAUCUACAACACAGUGUUGCUCAGACACGACAACAUCCUAGGCUUUAUAGCCUCGGACAUGACUUCCCGCAACUCGAGCACGCAGCUGUGGCUCAUCACCCACUACCACGAGCAUGGCUCGCUCUACGACUUUCUGCAGAGGCAGACGCUGGAGCCGCGCCUGGCCCUGAGGCUGGCCGUGUCCGCGGCCUGCGCCCUGGCGCACCUGCACGUGGAGAUCUUCGGCACUCAGGGCAAACCGGCCAUCGCCCACCGCGACCUCAAGAGCCGCAACGUGCUAGUCAAGAGCAACCUGCAGUGCUGCAUCGCAGACCUGGGCCUGGCUGUGAUGCACUCUCAGGGUAGCGAUUAUCUGGACAUCGGCAACAACCCGCGAGUGGGCACCAAGCGGUACAUGGCCCCCGAGGUGCUGGAUGAGCAGAUCCGCACUGACUGCUUCGAGUCCUACAAGUGGACGGACAUCUGGGCCUUCGGCCUGGUGCUGUGGGAGAUCACCCGCCGGACCAUCGUCAAUGGCAUUGUGGAGGACUAUAAGCCACCCUUCUAUGACGUGGUGCCCAAUGAUCCCAGCUUUGAGGACAUGAAGAAGGUGGUGUGUGUUGACCAGCAGACCCCCACCAUCCACAACAGGCUGGCUGCAGAUCCGGUCCUCUCAGGGGUGACUCAGAUGAUUCGGGAGUGCUGGUAUCCCAACCCCUCCGCCCGCCUCACUGCUCUGCGGAUCAAGAAGACACUACAGAAACUCAGCAACAGCUUCGAGAAGCCCAAAGUGAUCGACUAGCCACAGGCUGACACCUGACUCCCCUCAGCCUGCAGUGUGUGUGGGGGUGGGCGGUAAAUGGUGGUCUGUCUGGGUGGAGGUAGUGUGUGUGUGCUGGAGAGGGGGUGCCCCUCUAGGGGCAGCUGUGCCUGCCCAGCUCUGCCCCCAACCCAUCCAGCCAAAAAUACAGCUGGGCUGAAACCCGAUCUCCCCACUGUCUGGCCUGCUCAGAGCAGCAGGCUCCCUGACGCCUGGCUCUGUCCCCACCUCCAUGCCCUGGGCGCACUCCCUACCACCCAGGACAGAGUGCAAAGGAGGCCCCAGUGCCAGGAUGGCCAAGCCAGGGAAUCCCAGUCUCUUGGGCCCAGAGCCUGGUCCUGCACUUUACUCCCUGCCCUCGGUCAACCCCCCUGCCCUCCCAGAGCUGCCACGGGGCACAGGGCCCCGUCCAGCCUUCCGUAGACACCCUGCCCUGCCAGGCCCUCGCCUCUGGCCAAGCCCCAGACACCCAUGAGUUUGUAUCUUAGCUCCAUGAUGCCUUGGGCCUCUGUCUCCUGGACAAGAUCCCUGCUAGCUGCCUACCAGCUGCCCGAGAGAGCUGGGGCCUAUCCUGGGCCCCUCCUCUAUCCCCAUCCUAGCUGACCUAUUGGGGCAUUAAAACCAAGGAGCCCUGCUGUGGGUGUGGCAGUGUCAUAGGCCGUUGGAGAAGUGGCAGGUCAGGUGGGUAAGGCCCAGGACUUUCAGAAUGACUGAGAGACACGGAGGCCACGCAUGGCUGGGGAAGGGCCCAGAUGGGAGCCGGAGACCCAGGCUCUGGUCCCGGAUGCUUGCUGAGUGACAAGAAUGAGCCUUCACUGUCCCAGCACCUGGUUCUUAUCUGCACAUUGAAAGAGCUGGUCCUGACGUCCUCUGGGGCUUUUCAGCUCUAAUUUUCUUCCCAAGGCCAUCCUGUUCAAACUCCGUUCCUAGUGCCUUCUACUUAUGCCCCAGCCCCUAGGGAGGCUACCCUAGGCAGGCUAUUUGCCCCAAGAUGGGGCUGUGAAAAUAACCUUAUCUGAGGCCAGGUGUGGCUAGGAUGCCUCCUAGUCUAAUUCUCUGGGCUCCAGCUCCUGCCAGUGGCCAUCCUUGGGCUCAGACAGUCCCUGGCCUUUUGGUAGGCAAGCCAGCCUUAGCCCCCUCUGUGGCUUUGCCUUCUCUACCCAGAGCUGAGAGGGGUGAGGCUGGCUUCCUGCAGGGCCUCCAAGGCUCAGAAGAAAUCUGACUCCAGCCAAUAAGCCUCUAGCACCCAGGUUCCUGCUCCCCACUGCCCCUUGGGGCCUGGGCCACACCCCAGAAAGUGUGUGCCUAGAAAGAACCUGAUGGUUGUCGAGAAACACAGGGAAACUUUGGUGUUUGGAAGUCAAGGGUGUGUGUCCCUGCACUGAGGAGGUUACCCUAGGCAGGUGGAUGGGCUGGGGGAUUGUGGGGGCGGGGGUGGGGCUCAUGCUAGGGACAGGACAGCCCCAAAUUUGGGAAGACCUGAGCUUACAGCCCCCAGCCCUUGGGGCAGGGGGAGAGGAACCCUCCGUUCCUACAGGAGGGGAAGAAAACAGCCUCCUGCUGUAAAUGACCCAGCGCAACCUCCCAGGCCAGCCCCUUCCACCAUCACCCAGGGCACUUUCCCAGGCCUGCUCCCAGCAUUGUGCAAGGUCCUGGGGGAGAACCAGGAAGUGAAACUGGGUGAAAACAGAAAGCUAGAUGGACCUGAUGGGUUCCCAGAUCAUCACGGGGCAGCUUGCUUCGUGUCUCCUCAUCGCUGGAACCCACCCAGCCCGGGAAUCAGUCCUGCCCUGAAAGAUUCUCUCUCGUGAAUUUAGGGACCAAAAGGCGCCUUCGGAGACUCCACAGCCAGAAACUGAAGGCAGCAGCUCCUCACAGCCUAGAAAAUCCCUGAGAGGAGAAGGUCUGAGGCAGGAGGUGGAGUGACAGGGGGAGGGUUGAGAAAAAGGGGCCAGGCUGGGAAGUGAGCACUGGUGAGCUGUGUGCAUAAUGCUUCUGCCUGAGAGCGGGAAGGUGGGCCAGGUCAAAAUUAGUCUCCUACCUGGAGAUAUUGUUUGUGAGAGCACUUAGCUGGUGCUUAGCACAUAGUAGGUCCUCAAUAAAACCGUGGUUGAAUCCUGA